UGACGUUUAAAUUGUCAAAAUAAUUUUAAGAAAACGUUUUCCUGUCUCGAUCGAUCGUGAUUUAUUGAAUAUAAUUAUUUUUUUAUAAUCCAAAUUCGCCAUGGUAUUUAUCUAGGAACUAAAAUUAAAGUGAAGAUAUUUAAGUGUGUGACAGGUAAAUAGAAAAGGUAAAAAAAAAAAGAAUGGCUGCCAAACCAAACAACCCUCCCCCUCCCCCUCAGCAAUUCAACUUACUACCGAAAAUUAUAAAUGGCGGCAUCGCCGGAAUUAUCGGUGUGUCCAUUGUGUUUCCAUUGGAUCUGGUCAAAACGCGACUGCAGAACCAAACGGUGGGGCCGAGUGGAGAGAAACAAUAUAAAAACAUGUUGGAUUGUUUCAAGCAAACGUACAGAGCGGAGGGGUACUUCGGCAUGUACCGCGGCUCGGCGGUCAACAUCAUCCUCAUUACGCCGGAGAAGGCGAUCAAACUGGCCGCUAACGAUCUGUUCCGGUUCCAUCUGACGCUGAAGGAUGGAUCGCUGCCGGUGUUCCGUCAAAUGAUCGCCGGCGGGCUGGCGGGUGCGUGUCAGAUAGUCAUCACGACGCCCAUGGAGCUGCUCAAGAUACAGAUGCAGGACGCCGGUCGCCAGGCAGCGCAGGCAGCGAAAGAGGGCAAGAAGUUCGAGCGGGUAACGGCGAUGCAGCUGACGCGGCGGCUGAUGGCCGAGCGCGGCAUAUUCGGCCUGUACAAGGGGGUCACCGCCACCGCCGCCAGGGACAUCUCCUUCAGCGUCGUCUACUUCCCCACCUUCGCCAUACUCAACGACCUCGGCCCUAAGGACACCCCCGGGGGUCCACCGCCGUUUUGGUGGUCGUUCUUGUCGGGCUGCGCCGCCGGCUCCACCGCGGCGCUCGGCGUCAACCCCUUGGACGUGAUCAAGACGCGCAUGCAGACCAUCACCAAGGGCGGCCGCCAGUACAGCUCCAUCAUGGACUGCAUCACAAAAACGUUUACCCAAGAAGGCCCGACGGCAUUCUUCAAGGGCGGUGCUUGUCGUAUGAUCGUCAUAGCGCCGCUAUUCGGUAUCGCGCAAACCAUUUACUAUUUAGGAAUAGCGGAAAACUAUUUAGGUAUUAAGUAAAUUAAUUAUAUUUAAUACAAUUUAAUAUGAUAUUUCGAAAAGGGCACAUGUCGGAUAUUCUGUAUAUACCUAUAUCUUACAAAUAUAAAAUAUAUAACAACAUAUUUAGAUUAUUAUUAAAAUAAGUUAUUUUCUUUGUUUAUAUAUAAAUGUAACACAAUAGUUACUUUUAGAAAUUAUACACUGGUUUAAAAAAGAAUUAGUUUUUUUUCUGGACAUUUUAAAUUUUUAGACAUGUGCCCUUUUUGAAAUUGCAUAUUAAUUAUUAUAGUGAGCGCGAUAUUGGCGAAUAUGAAUUAGCAGCGUCGGAAAUAAAGUGUAUAAAGUAAAAAUGUAAUUUUACAAAAAAAAGUACCUAUUCAUAUUCAGAAGCGGAUAUUUUGUGAAAUGUAAAAAUUAUUAAUUUAGAUAAUAGUUAAAUUAAAAUCAAUUAUUUAUUUGUUUCAAAUGAUAAAUAUAUAUAUUUGGAAUUGUUUUUCUAUUACAUUUUAGUAUCCACUUCAAUAAAAAAUACUUUAUUUUUUUAUUGUUUGUUUUUUUUUUUAAAAUCAUCCCCAAUUAAACGCACGCUGAAUGUAAAUUAUAUUCGCCAAUAUACAUGAUCGCUAACAAUAUUGCCGCCAUAUUUAUUUUUUUAUAUGUUUUUUAUUAUUUAAUUAGCAUUAUGUUCACUAGUAAAAGACGCACAUAUACCUCAUUGGUGCCAACUUCGCUGUACACAAAACUUUAAACUAACAUCCGGCCGCUCAGAUAUUGCGCGACGCAAUUCCUGAGUGGCCGGACAUUAAAUUGCUUAGCUUUAACAGUUGAGCUGUCCUUUUCAUAAUGACACUGCUAGAAAAGUGUCAAACAUGUUAUCGAUAAGCUAUAGAUGAAAUUUUUAAAUGUUUUGUCAUUUGUUUAGUUUAUAGGUUUUGUACAAUCGAAAUGGCACCCUUGUGAAUAAAGACUGCGACAUAUCAAGGUGUAUGGUAUAAUAACACUGGAUCUAGAUGCGUUCCACGAAUUAACUCGUGACGACCAAUAGCGGCGUAUCGGAAACUACAAACCAUCACUGUCGUCCCACCGCAACGAAAGAAAGAUAAAAGAAUCGAAAUAUUUUAAAUUUGGCCGCUAUUGGUCGACAAUAUGUCUUUGUCUUCUUGAGAUAAUGUGUCGUUGACGCAUCUUGGGCCUAAUGAAGUGGUAUUAGUCUUUCGUAAUCGUUUCGAAUGUAAAUUAAAGUUCUUAUUUGUAUUCGUAAAACCAAAAACGUCUGUUCUUGAAGUUUUUAGGGUUUCGUUUUAAAAUUGACGAAUUAAAUAUCUGUAGGCCUAAUAUGCGCGCCAUGUGACAUCUCGUAAAGACAAAAAUACAUUGUCGACCAAUCGCAUCGCUGAUAUGCUCUCUCUUAUACCAUCGCAACGUAAGAGAGAUAAUGUUUAAUGUGAUAGUUUUCCAUACCGCCGCUUUUGGUCGACAAUAUGUCAUUUCCUCUUCGUCGUUGACGCCUUUUAGGUCUAUUGAAUAUAAAAAACUUUUCAAAAUAAUCACGUCAAUUAUUAUCUAUUGACUGCUUAUUAAUACAGUCUUGUAGUCAGCUCCUAGAAGAAAUUUAACAGUAGAAUUCAUAGACGUUGUGGGGGCGCCCCCAGGGGAUCGUUCACCCGUUGAGUGUCGAAUUUGACUUUGAAAGCGUUUGAGAAUUCGACACUCAGUGGGUGAAUGGUCCCCUGGGGGUGUCCCUGGAACGUAUAUGAAUUCCAGUGUAAAUGUUUUCGAUUUCGUCAUGGUUAUGAUAUUUUUAAAUUAAACGAUGGCUUAUGUGUUAUGAGAUUUUAUUAUCUUGCCGAGCUAAUGAUAUUUAUGUUAAAUGUGAUAGUUUUCCUAAUUAUUCGAAACGUAUUUUUAAUUUUAUUUUAUUGACACGCAGAUCUAUUUAAAAUGUACAAAUAUUUAUUUAUUUAUUUAAUUAUAUUUAUUGCAUUUUUAAUUGUUAAUAAUUAUUUAUAGGUAUGCCAUUCUAAAUGAAAUAAUUAUUUUGACAACGUCAUUAUUUAACAAAAAAAAAAAGAAAAAACACAAAGUAAAGUUAAAAUGAAACCAAAAGUAUCGUAAUAUAAUUUAUGACAAAUUAAAGUUUUAAGAAGCUUCGUGUGAUAACCACAUUUUGUUGCCGGUUAUUUAUUAAACCACAAUAUGGCGUCUGUGGUUUGUGUAUUGCCAAUUAUUUAUAACACAUUCAAUGGUAGGUCUACAAGAAAAUUGUAAUUUUUUAACCAAUAAAUUUGGUAAUAGGUGAUGUUAUGUUUAUUAAUAUUUUAAAUUAUUGUAAAGUGGUGAUUUUUAAACUAUGCUGUUCCUUUUUUGGUAUUUGUCUUUAUGACGAUUUUUCAUUAGUUAUAACGACUUGGUUGGAAUAACGUGUUAUCCGUAUAAAGCACUAAUCUAUCGGGAUGCUUAUGAAUAUUAUAGAAGAAAUAAUACAAUAGUUUUGGUAAAUCUAUCGAUAUAUAGUCUGACAAGUUCGUUAAUAACACUCCCGUGAUAUGCGGGCGACAGGGGGAAAGACUGCGCGGUUGUGGAAUCGUGAGUGACGUGUAUCAGUCGUGGGUUUUUCAUUCAUCGCUACACGCCCCCCGGCCCGCGCGGAACAUCGGGAGUGUUACGAACGAAGUUGCCAAGCUAUAAAACACUACGUUUGUUUUGUAAAAUAAAUAGCUCAAUUGAUUUUUACUCCUAAUAUAGUGAGACUUGUGAAAGUGAUAUUAUUUUUAGCUGCUGCUACAAUAGUGUGUGCUUGGGAAUCAGUAAUGUUAGAUAUGUAGGCCUAAAAUGCGCGCCACAACAUAUAUCAUGAAGACAAAAUGUCAUUUUGCCGACCAAUAGCGGCAAUAAAUGAAACUGAAAUAUCGCUGUCUCUUUCAUCUCACCGUAACGAAAGGGAGAGUGGUGUUUCCGUUUCAGCCGCUAUUGGUCGUCUGUCUUUAUCUAUUACGAGAUGUCGUGACACACAUAUUAGGCCUACUGGUUAACUUACGCGAGGAUUAUACUCUGUGUUGAUAUAAAACUCUUAUGGCCAAAAUAAACAUGGAUUAUGAUUUAAAUCUCAAUUUUCGUUAAAGUAAAGUGAAGUUAACACGUUCACUGCGUGACGAGGUCAAUUGACCUCGUAGGUACCUAUCACGUCUUCAAGGGGUACGAGGUCGAUGGACCUCGUAUCGGACCACUGAUUGUUUUAGUACGAGGUCAAAAAACCUCGUACCACACCAUGGGAAAGUACAGAAAAAUCAGUACCGCAGCGAACGUGUUAAAGUAGCUAUUGAUUAGGUCCACUUUACUUUCAAGAUAAUUGAGGUUUAAAUCUUAAUCCAUGUUUGUAACGGCCGGUAAAAGUCAUCGUAGCAAUGAGAUUCGAUAACAAUUUGAAAUCUGCCUUCUGUGGUUUGUGCGAGUAAUUUUUAUGUUAAUUUAUUGGGUUUACCCUCAAAAUAUUACAACUCGUGCGCAUUAACUUGACACCUAGCUUUCAAACAGUCUACAAACAUAAUUCGAGUCAAGUAACGCACGAACUGAAGGUAUAUUACAGUUAUUAUUUACAGUUUCAUUUCAUAUUUCGUGUAAUAAUGUCAUCAUCAUCAUCAUAUCAGCCGAUGACGUCCACUGCAGGACAUAGGCCAUUUGUAGGAACUUCCAAACAUCCAAACAUCACGAUACUGAGCCACCUGCAUCCAGCGAAUCCCUGCGAAUCGCUUGAUGUCGUCAGUCCACCUGGUGGGGGGUCGACCAACACUGCGCUUACUAGUGCGGGGUCGCCAUUCCUGUACUUUGUCUUUUCGUCUGAAAUUCCUCAGUGCCAUAGACAAAAGUCUUCGAACAGUGCGUGUUGCCAGUUCCGAGACUUGGUUGGUAACUACGGGCCUUAAGUAUUAAUGUAUCAUACACAUAUCUAUACUAAUAUUAUAAAGCUGAAGAGUUUGUUUGUUUGUUUGUUUGUUUGUUUGUUUGAACGCGCUAAUCUCAGGAACUACUGGUCCGAUUUGAAAAAUUCUUUCAGUGUUAGAUAGCCCAUUUAUCGAGGAAGGCUAUAGGUUAUAUUUUAUUCCCGCAUUUCUAAGGGAAUGGGAACCACGCCACCAACAUAAAAUAUGAUUUCAUUAAUUUGAGGUAAUAAUAAAUACAAAGCGUUCGCGUUCUUGUAUAUUUCCAUUUGUUAAUGUUUGCCAUGUUUCUUCUUUCUUUCUGUAUUUAAACCAUUAAUUAAACAUUUGUAUCAAACAGAGGUAAGAGGUAAUGGUUGAUUUUGAAAUGUUAUCGAUUGUUAAGGGUUGUGUAUCGAUACUUUGUUAUGGUUGAUGCAGCAGAUUUGUUACCGUGUUUAUUAUUGUUUUAAUUAGUGAUAUGAUAUUAUCUAAUGUACUCAAAGUUUUAUUUUUGCUUUUUAAAUUAAUGGUUGUUAUGCUUUAGUUCCCUGCUAGCUUGAUUGUGUGCAUUUAAUGUUGCAGUACUAAAUGUGUGUUACUAAAGCUGAACAAAGGCUAAGGGAUCGGGAUAUGGUAGAGAUUACUGGUCAGGGGCCUUAACCAUGUGGCGAGUCGAUCCUCUGUCUACAAACGCUGACGCUACGAAACCUAACAAAAUGUAUGGGAAUUACAGAUGCGGACGACAACUUUGUCACGUAACUUGUCGAUAGUGAAUGUCAUUCGCAUACUUUUAUUAAUUUUCUAUGCGUCAAAUUCAAAAUACAAAUUUAAAUGUCAUUUAUUUCAAUUAGGCUUACUUUACAAGCAUUUUUGAAAAGUCAAGUUAUGUCAUGAUUCAAUGGUAGUAAGUAAAGUCUCAAAAUAGUCCUAAAAAACUUAACAUUAAGUUACUAGGGAUCCAAAUGCGCCUCGGUCCGAGAAGAGCCCACAACAAACUCGGUCAAGGUUUAUUUUAUUUUUGUUUACCAGCAUUUUACAAAUUUACUUAUCUAGUAGGUUGGAGAACACAGUCUUAUAGUGCAGUUCAACAACAAGCCAUUUUAUCGUCUAUAUAAUCGUUAACAAUAUAAUAAGACUUUCCUAUAAGCUCGCGUUUAAUAAAGACUUUGAACUUUUUUAAACACAUGUUAGCGUCAGCGUUUGUAGAAAGAGAAUGGAUGUGCCACAUGGCUACAGGCCCAGGUUUUACUUUAUUUACUAUUGAAAGAAGAGGUUUCAAGGUCUUUCGCAAAUGUAUCUAUUGUUGUAGCUUAGCUAGACAAAAUGUUUGAAAUAUACAAUUAUGGUGUGAUGAAUACAAGGUGCGACAUAUUUAUCUUUUUAAUUUUUAUUUUUCUGAUUAAUUUUACAUAUAAAAUAUACAGGGUGCUCGGGAGUAUCUUCCAUAACUUCAAAUUGUUGAUGAGUCCACUUAUAGACGCCAAACUGCAUAACUAAUAUUAUUUUUAACUAAAAAAUAAAAACUUACGUUUUCAUACAAAGUAAUUUCAAAUAAUUCCGACUAUCCAUGUAACACACGCCUUUAUCUAUCCUUGCAUUUUAAAAUACGUCCAACUCGGCUACAUCAUAAUAAUAAGGAUGCGUAUAUAUGGGUCACAUUUUAAGAUCUAUUUAGAAAAUAAAUAUUAUUUACCCUGAAAAUAUUAAUUUUAGAAAAUGUUCCUUGUACAUUUCUAAUUAAUUUUCGCUAAAGAAUAUAACCCCAGAGUUAUGGGAAAUACUCCCGAACACCCUGUAUAUAUAAUAUGGUAUAGUGUUGUACAAUGUAUAAUAGAGCUUAAAACUAGCCUUCUAAAUAAAAUAGCACUAUGAUAAACUAGUAUUUUCAAUAUAUUUUUGGUGAAAGAUGUCAUUGAUAAUUUUUAUUGUCUAUAUCUAGAUCGUAUCAGACCUUGAUUUUCAAAGUUAUCUAAUUGCGUUAUACUAACUUUUUUAUAUUAAACUUUUCUUAAUUGCUACAUUAAUUUUGACAUCGCAACCUUGGUAUUUGCAUAGUGUAUAGUUAUCUUGGAAGAGAGAGAGAGAGAGAGUGAUAGCCCAGUGGAUAUGACCUCUGCCUCCGAUUCCGGAGGGUGUGGGUUCGAAUCCGGUCCGGGGCAUGCACCUCCAACUUUUCAGUUGUGUGCAUUUUAAGAAAUUAAAUAUCACGUCUCUCAAUCGGUGAAGGAAAACAUCGUGAGGAAACCUGCAUACCAGAGAAUUAUCUUCAUUGUCUGCGUGUGUGAAGUCUGCCAAUCCGCAUUGGGCCAGCGUGGUGGACUGUUGGCCUAACCCCUCUCAUUCUAAGAGGAGACUCGAGCUCAGCAGUGAGCCGAAUAUGGGUUGAUGACGAUAGUUAUCUUAGCGUCGUAUACGACAUAUAUCGACGAUAGUUAAGUUAUCGUCAUAUUGAAAUUAUUGUCGUUUUGAUGUGCGUGAUGUUCUCGAUGUCGGUGUUGUUCAAUUAUCAAUUUGACAAUAAUACUGUUUAUAAUAUAUCGAAUAUAAUCGUUGUUAUAAUAAAACUAGUAUACAUUGACGCGGCUCAAAGUUUGAAUAUGAGAUUAUUUGGGAUAAUUUGAAAAUGGGUACAUUCUUAAGUUUGUGGUUAAUAUGCUAAACCUGCCUACAAAUAGUAUUUUUUUUUUUUGCUAAACACGUUUACAUACCUAUACGAUAUAGGUACAUCAAUAAAUUUUGCCACAGCACAAAUAUAGAUAUUCGCAAAUUUCGGAAUUUCCUCAUUUUCUACUCCGAAGGGCCAAUACACACGACGCUUUUCAAACGAGCUGACAACGCGCGUUUUAGGUGAGCACGUCAUGUGUGAGUUAUCGUCGCGGUGUUGUAUCGGCGCAUUUGUAGCGAUACAAACGCUAAAAUCCUGUGUAAAGAUCUCAAAAUAUAGCCAUUUGGCUAGCAUUUUCAGUGUCGUAAUCCGCGUCAGUUUAUAGUCAUCGCGUCAUUGGCAAUAGCUCUAGGAUCAUUUGCCAAGCAUGCGUUUUCUAAUCGUGUAGGACGAGCAUCAUUGACGACAGGCGUUUUAAAAGCGCUAUGUGCUUGGGCCCUAAAACUUUUGCUGCGUCAUUAUAUAUUAGAGAAACUCUAGAGGUAAGUGUUGUGUAUGCCGCGUUCCUAGAUUAUAGUGAUUGUCAAUUGUCAUAAACUGUGCUGUAAGUCCUGAAGUCAUUGAUAGAAAAGCGAAGCAAUACGAAAUUGAUAAUUUUGUAUCGUCAGUUUUUGCUUUAUUAAAUACAAAUUGUAUUUUAUAAAAGGGCUAAUGCUGUCAUUUUAAAUUGCCAUAAAGGCUAAGUUACAUAAGGAUAGUUUCUUUUUAAAUACUUAGGUACUCAUAGUGUCCCUCAGUGGCGGACAAGGUGUCUAACUAGGUUAGGCACUUUACAUAAGUAGGUUCUUACAAAUUGUACAAAAUAGAAAGUUCCUUUUCUAAUACUGGUUCGAAAUUGUGCAUUUUUGCAUCUAUGAUAUGCACGGUGUCACGAAAGGUCGUAGCUCAUUAGAGCCACCCGGGAUCCGUCCCGCACCGCCACGUCGCUAGGCGUCCACUUUUAGUCGACAGGUGAACCACGGGUGGACGCCGCGUUGUCACCAGUGAACCUCGCGUGGUCAACGAAUUUCGGAGUAGUAUUACACGCGAGGUGAGCAUGCCAAUAGCGAGCUAUCAUCGAGUGGUCCGCUCGCAGUCCGUUGACACCUCGCGAGCGAGGCGAUCCGGUGAUGAUACGGAGUUGAUUUAGUGAGCGCAUGCCCAUAUAAACCCACACGAAGAAUAGGUACCAACCACUCGAGGCGAGGCGGUGCGGGUCGGGUCCCGGGUGGCUCUAAUGAGCUACAACCUGUAGGUUGAUGACGAAAUUGUAUUAUCGCACUAUACUUAGAGGCUACUUGUGUAACUUACGCCUUAAUAUUCGUUAAUGUGGUGACUGUAAUACGAAUGGUUCAAAUAUGUUUACCCCUGUAAUACCAAAUUCUCGCACCGGCUAUUUGUUACUUAGUUGGAAAAAGAAUGCGAAUAUUAGUCAAGUAGUUAUGUUUAAAAAACAUAAUGUUGGUUGAAAAAAAAAAUUGCGUCGAUUAAUAUCCAUCCAAAAUGCAUAUUUGUAAUUGUAAGAAGACAAUUUCAUUUGUUUGUACUAACGUAGUGUUUAGUUUGAUGUGUUAGUAUCGGAAAUAGAAACAAAUGAAUUGCUUAUGCUAGUCCAUAGAUAAUUUGUCUUGAAUUUUGGAUUCUUAUGUGGAUGGUUCUGUAAAUUAUUAUGAAACUACCAACAUUCAUUUUUAUCGAUUGUUUUAUAUUUAUAAAUAUUGUUUUUCUAGACCCGAGAACUGUCCUAUAUCAUUUCCUAAAAGACAAUAAUUAUAUUGUACUUUUUAAUUUUAUUUGCAAGUCAUGGAAUUUAACAAUCUUAUUAUAAAAAUCAAUAAAUGUGUUUAAAAUCGAUGGUUCUGAUAUUAAAUUAUAGUUAAGAAUUUAGGAAUUUAGAUGUUCAAAAGAAAUAAAUGUAAAAAUUCGUAAAA